UUUCAUUCUUGUUGCCCAGACCGGAGUGCAAUGGCACCAUCUUGGCUCACUGCAACCUCCGCCUCCCAAGUUCAAGCAAUUCUCCUGCCUCAGCCUCCUGAGUAGCUGGGGUUACAGGCACAUGCUACCACUUCUGGCUAAUUUUUGUAUUUUUAGGAGAGAUGGGGUUUCACCAUAUUGGCCAGGCUGGACUCAAACUCCUUACCUCAGGUGAUCCACCCACCUUGGCCUCAUUUCUGUUUUUUUUUAAAUGCCUACUUUUAGACAGAAAGGAUAGGGAAAUUAAACUGAGAGAGGACAUUUGUGCCUGCUGAGACAUGCACAUUCUAAAGCACUUUAUGUUUUAUUUAGUGACAGACAAUAAAAACCAUAUUUUCUAUGCUAAAUGUUUAAGUUUAUAUAUAUAUAUGAAAGGCUGACUUGGAAGUCCAUUCAGUUAUAGUACUGAUUAUAAUUAAUUCUUGAGUAAUAUAAGGCAUUAUCUCAACCACUUCCAAGAAGAGUUACUGAAAUGCUAGGUUGGAAACAGCUUUUUGAAGCCAUCUCUAGCAUCUAUACCGUAAGAAGCCAGCUUGGUAUUAGGGAAUUUUUUUUAAAUGUGGCUAAGUGCUUUGGAUAAAGGGAUGGUCAACAGUAAAGCGGAACCUUCUUAAGGAACCCACAAUAACCCUACGUGACUGUUUUAGAAAGAGCAUUUUCGCUACGUAAAGCACAUUCAAUAAAGGAUAUGGAAAACACUUUGCAGCUGGUGAGAAACAUUAUACCUCCUCUGUCUUCCACAAAGCACAAAGGGCAAGAUGGAAGAAUAGGCGUCGUUGGAGGCUGUCAGGAGUACACUGGAGCCCCAUAUUUUGCAGCAAUCUCAGCUCUCAAAGUGGGCGCGGAUUUGUCCCAUGUGUUCUGCGCCAGUGCAGCCGCGCCUGUGAUUAAGGCCUACAGCCCGGAGCUGAUCGUCCACCCCGUUCUCGACAGCCCCGGUGCUGUUGGUGAGGUGGAGAAGUGGCUUCCCCGGCUGCAUGCCCUUGUCAUAGGACCCGGCUUGGGUAGAGACGAUGUGCUUCUCGAAAAUGUCAAGGGCAUUUUGGAAGCGUCAAAGGCCAGGGCCAUCCCUGUGGUCAUCGACGCGGAUGGCCUGUGGCUGGUCGCUCAGCAGCCAGCCCUCAUCCAGGGCUACCGGAAGGCUGUGCUCACUCCCAACCACAUGGAGUUCAGCAGACUGUACGACGCUGUGUUCAGAGGCCCUGUGGACAGUGAUGACCGCCAUGGAUCUGUGCUGAGACUCAGCCAAGCCCUGGGCAAUGUGACGGUGGUCCAGAAAGGACAGUGUGACAUCCUCUCUGAUGGCCAGCAGGUGCUUGUGUGCAGCCAGGAAGGCAGCAGCCGCAGGUGUGGAGGGCAAGGAGACCUCCUGUCGGGUUCCCUGGGCGUCCUGGUGCACUGGGCGCUCCUUGCUGGACCUGAGAAAACAAAUGGGUCCAGCCCUCUCCUGGUGGCUGCGUUCGGUGCCUGCUCCCUCACCAGGCAGUGUAACCACCAAGCCUUCCAGAAGCACGGUCGCUCCACCACCACCUCUGACAUGAUCGCCGAGGUGGGGACCGCCUUCAGCAAGCUCUUCGAAACCUGAGCAUACGCAGACCAGAAAGAAACAGGCACCUCGGAUGGGGGAGAGCGUGUGUGACGGCAAAAUCGGACUCGUGUCCUGGCGCGUGCCAGGUUUUCAACUCCAGCAUAAAUUGGUGGUGGUUGAGAAUUUAAGAAUUUGGAAUAUUGCAGUUUUUGGCCAAACUGGAUGCAUGGUCGGAGAUGUUAUGGUGACACUAACCAAAGCAUUCCCGAACCUUCCUUAGCUCCUGGGAAGUAACUGAGAAGGCAGAAAUGAAGUCACGUGAGAAUGAAGAACUCUCGGCCUGCUCCAAAAUAGGCGGUUCCUACAAGUUGUUCUCUCUGCCCACGCACUUCCCUUUUCCCCCCACUUCCCUUUCCAGCCUUUCCUCCAGCAGGGAGCGGGCACUGGUCCCGAGUCUCCCUGAGGGCCAACUACACUGUGUUUUCUCUGACUGGGUCCAUCGGGGACUGCCUCGUUGUCCAGCUCGUCUUGUUUUAAAGUAGUGACUAGCUCGGUGCUGUCGGGCUGCUGGUAUCUGGUGGGCUUAUUGACACUCCAGGAUAACCAGUGAUCACUUUGUUUGGAAAUCCUUUUGGAGGCACCAUGGGAACAAGAAGGAAACAGGAGUGACGGUGACCCUUGCAUAGGUGGGCAGGGAGCUCUGGGACACCUCCUGUCCCAGGCUCUCUGGGGUCCCUGUCCUCAGAGGUCCCAUGAUGCCCACCAGCCCCAGCAGGGCAGCCCUGGCCAGGGGCGGGCACAGUGGAGGGCUGCUGUGGCCCCCAGUGCUGUCUCAGGAGAAGGUUCUGAGGACUUGGGGCCUGCUGGGCCUGGUGCAGCGAUGACACUAAGGAGGCCCGGGGAAGAGUGUCCCAGUCAUGUGUGCUUAGGAAUCAGCACAGCCGUGUCCUCAGGAUGUUCACAUCCAGCAAAGAUACUGGUAACCACAGCCUCGGCAAACGCUUCCUGGCAGUGUUGACCUUGGGUGAGCUGCCGCUGUCUGUGGUUUUCCUGGAGUGACCUCACGUUUACUUAUUCUCUAGUUCCAUGUCUCAGUGGGGCUUGGCACGGUUUCGUGUCUGAUGUGUGCAUUAGAGAAUUCUUUAUACUUCCAUUAACGCCUUUCCACAGCAAGGGCCAGACCUCCUGGUUCCCUUCAGAGGCUUUUUGUCCUCAUGAUGCCUCCUGGGUGAUGCUCUGUGAGACAGACACGCCCCAGAUGGAUUCUAUUCUACUUACUUAAAAAAAAAAAUGAUUGUUACUAUUAAUUUCACACCUAAGAAGCUUCCUUGUCUACAUGUGAACCUUUGCAGAAAGAAUGCCAUGGGCAUUUUUCCUUCUGGGAAUUCCAUCUAAAUUCUGGCAACUAUUAAAAGACAGAUCUGGUUAAUUUAAA